AUGUAUUCAACACCAAGUUUACACACAAUAAGUCGACUGGGGAUGUUUUAUUACAAAAAUAACCACAUUGACGUUUCCAAAUUCAAUUACAGUGGGGUAUGUGGUGAUGUCUUCAAAUAUGGUCCAAAUACUAAAAGGGAUUUGGUUAUUGGGUCAUACGAUUUCAAACACAAAUGUAUCAGAGAGUCUGUAUUCCAAGCACUUGAGAUGGCACGAAUUGCAAUGCCCGAUUGUCGAAUCGUGUUUCUACUUUUCAGUUCAAUUCCAUCAACUUGUGUUGGUAAUUUUAAAAGGCUUUCAGACCUCCACGUCGAGACUUAUAAAGUGACAAGACACCCCUUCCAAGAUGCCGUUGUUUUUAGAUUCAUUGCAUUCAGAAAUUAUAUAACUAAACACAUCAACGAAAUUGUUGUUAUUAUUGACUUCAGAGAUGUUCUAUUCUUUGCAGACUUUUUCAGAACUUCCGAUGCGAAUGAAGUCAAUUGA